GUAUCGUCAUGUCAGAAGCAUCGACUGAGAACAAGUUGAGGAUUGCGCAGGGGAAGAAGGAUGAUGGAAACGCAGCAUUCAAAAGUGGCCAGUACAAAGAUGCCCUGCGCUUCUAUUAUGAGGCCAUUCUAUACGUUCAAGGACUAGAAAAAUCACUCUCCUCUGCCAUGGACUCCAAUAUCAGCGGAGGUUCCGGCAGUGGGGCAGAUGAGAAGCGACGACCAAAAACGGAGGCCGAUGUUCUGCUCGUUGCCCUAUAUAACAAUAUGGCAGCUGUCCACCUCAAACUAGCAAACUGGAAACGAGCUUUCGAAUCGGCAGAGAAGGCCUUAUCCAGAGAUGAAGAAAAUUCCAAAGCUGGAUUCCGGAAGUCACAGGCCCUCGUUCAGAUGGGCGAGCGUGUCAAAGCGAUUAAACUCCUGGAGGAGCUCGCCAAAACACACCCGAAUGACGUCGAUAUCACCCGUGAGCUUUCUACUCAGAAGCAGAACGAAGAAAAAAGCGAGCGUGAACACGAUAAAGUGUUCAAGGAAGCCUGGAAAGGAAAGCUCUCAUGAAAUCGAGACAAAGCCUUCCAGAACACCUAAUUCGAAGAUCUGGAUAUAUAGCAGCUUUAGUAUGGGUCCCUCGUAUCAGUACUAGUGUCUUGGGUGUGUGUUUUGCAGCUGCCCCACUCUCGUAGCCUAUGAUAGUCACAACGAUACCUGCCCGUCACCAUACCAGAAAUUUUGCAUAAGA